AUGGAGACGAGCACUUCUAGAAUAAGGGACAUCUGGAAGUCCGGCAAAGAACAAGGCUAUGAACACAAUCUCCUUUGGAAAUACGAUCUAACUUCCAAAGGAAGAAUUGUCGAGUUCCUAGCCAAUAGUUUAAUUGUGAAACUGAAUGGCUACGUUCCAAGAAACAAAAGCUACAGCAUUUCCCAUCAGCUAGCCAGGAAGGGGGGAAUCAAAGCAAUUAAAGCUAUUUGUUUUUUCUUUAUGGCCUCUAAACUUGGAGACUUUGGUGACUUCCAGGCUGCUGCGAUGGUGGUUUGUGCCGCCAUAAAUUCCUCGGCAGGCCAGCAGCCAUCCGAGCCCUUCUUCAACAAUGCGGCCAGUGUGCCGCCCCCUGACGGCACGGAGCCCUCUCCUACCAGCGGCGCUCCCCCUUUGUCUUCGACGCCCUCCCCAUAUGCUCCCUGUCGCUCAGUCGCCAGCGGGCGUCCUGGCCGGCUGCUGCUGGCGCUGCGGCUGCUGCUGCUCUGGGCGGAGGCUCCGGUGCUUCCCGCACGGGGUCAGGCGCAGCAGCAGCAGCAGUACAACGGCGAGCGGGGCAUCUCCGUGCCGGACCACGGCUACUGCCAGCCCAUCACCAUCCCGCUGUGCACCGACAUCGCCUACAACCAGACCAUCAUGCCCAACUUGCUGGGCCACACCAACCAGGAGGACGCCGGCCUGGAGGUGCACCAGUUCUACCCGCUCGUCAAGGUGCAGUGCGCGGCCGAGCUCAAGUUCUUCCUGUGCUCCAUGUACGCGCCCGUCUGCACCGUCCUCGAGCAGGCCAUCCCGCCCUGCCGCUCCCUCUGCGAGCGGGCCCGCCAGGGCUGCGAGGCCCUCAUGAACAAGUUCGGCUUCCAGUGGCCCGAGCGCCUCCGCUGCGAGAACUUCCCCGUCCACGGCGCCGGCGAGAUCUGCGUCGGCCAGAACACCUCGGACACCUCCGGCGGGGGCCCCGGGGGAGGAGGCGGAGGGGGCGGGCCCGGGGGCGCCACGGCCUACCCCACCCCUUACCUGCCCCACCCCCCGGCCCACCCGCUGCCCCCCACCAGCUACGCCUUCUCCUGCCCUCGCCAGCUGAAGGUGCCCCCCUACCUGGGCUACCGCUUCCUGGGCGAGCGGGACUGCGGGGCCCCCUGCGAGCCCGACCUGCCCAACGGGCUGAUGUACUUCAAGGAGGCCGAGGUCCGCUUCGCCCGCCUCCUGGUGGGCGUCUGGUCUUUCCUCUGCUGCGCCUCCACCCUCUUCACGGUCCUCACCUACCUGGUGGACAUGAGGCGCUUCAGCUACCCGGAGCGGCCCAUCAUCUUCCUCUCGGGGUGCUACUUCAUGGUGGCCGUGGCCUACGUGGCCGGCUUCCUGCUGGAGGACAAGGUGGUCUGCGUGGAGCGCUUCUCCGAGGACGGCUACCGCACGGUGGUGCAGGGCACCAAGAAGGAGGGGUGCACCAUCCUCUUCAUGAUCCUCUACUUCUUCGGCAUGGCCAGCUCCAUCUGGUGGGUCAUCCUCUCCCUCACCUGGUUCCUGGCCGCCGGCAUGAAGUGGGGCCACGAGGCCAUCGAGGCCAACUCGCAGUACUUCCACCUGGCCGCCUGGGCCGUGCCCGCCGUCAAGACCAUCACCAUCCUGGCCAUGGGGCAGGUGGACGGGGACGUGCUGAGCGGCGUCUGCUACGUGGGCAUCUACAGCGUGGACGCCCUGCGGGGCUUCGUCCUGGCCCCGCUCUUCGUCUACCUCUUCAUCGGCACCUCCUUCCUCCUGGCCGGCUUCGUCUCCCUCUUCCGCAUCCGGACCAUCAUGAAGCACGACGGCACCAAGACGGAGAAGCUGGAAAAGCUGAUGGUGAGGAUCGGGGUCUUCAGCGUCCUCUACACCGUCCCCGCCACCAUCGUGCUGGCCUGCUACUUCUACGAGCAGGCCUUCCGGGACGCGUGGGAGAAGACCUGGCUCCUCCAGACCUGCAAGAGCUACGCCAUCGCGUGCCCCACCAACUUUUCCCCCAUGAGCCCCGACUUCACGGUCUUCGUCAUCAAGUACCUCAUGACCAUGAUCGUGGGCAUCACCACCGGCUUCUGGAUCUGGACCGGCAAGACGCUCCAGUCGUGGCGCCGCUUCUACCACAGACUCCGCACGGGCAGCAAAGGAGAGACGGCGGUAUGAGGGCCUCCCCCCCCCAGCCCCCUUUCUCGAGGCUGCUCUUGGUCUCUUGUGUGGGAGACGCGAGGAGGAGGAUGGGGUGGAAGGGGGGGCGGGGCCUCCAAAGUCUGCCUUGCUCCUAACCCGCAGAGAAAAAUUUAUGUGCAAAGGACCUCCUGAGUGGGUUCUCUUCCUUGGCCGAGUUGGAAUUGCACAGAAUUUAAGUGUCCUUCUUAAGACUGUUCCUUGGAGACAGUACGUUUUUCUCACCCUGUGAGGAUCUUCAGUUUUUUUGGGGGGGGUUGCUUUUUAAAAAAAAAUUCUUUGAACCUAAGUCCCACGGUAUCUGCUCAAAGAGAAAUGCAGGAGUUCUGGGGCCACGGAUGUGAGUUGGAGGGAGAGGGGUGGGAGGGAGGCCGGAAGGCAGAGCCUGCAUCUUACAAGAAAGUGGCCUUGUUUUGGGGGUUUACGAAAAGCGGCCUCAUUUUUAGGGUCACCAGGUCCAGGUAUUUGGAGAGGUGGAGACUGUGGAGGGGGCGGGGUUUGG